GUUUCAUCUUUUGUUUUUGUAAAUCGUAUUCGAUAAACCUUGUAAAUAGUUUAAUCAUAUUGAUAACAAUUUAAAAAUAAAUUAGAAGUAUUAUUAAUAAUCUACAUAAAUGGUUUCAAGUUACUAUUUUACUUAAAUAAUACACCACACUGUAAAGGACGGAAUGCUAAGAAACAAAUUCUAAUAAUGUUUUCAAAAGGUGUGACGGGACAAAACAUGAUGGAUAUACAAUGGAAUUACCUAAACACAAAAAUAAAGAAAUUACAAAAAACGAUUCUUUGCAAUAUUCAAAAAAAACAAGAAGAAUAUAUUGCAAUUCGGAAUUAGAAAGAAGUAAUAUACAUCAUCAUAGUAAAUGUUUACCAAACCGAAAAUAUUCAAACAUUUAUCAAUGUGAUGUUUGUGAUAAGAAAUUCCGAAAGAAGCUUCAACUUGAUAAGCACAAACAUGAACAUGAAAAUGAAUCUGAAGAUAUUACGGACUACGAUAAUCGUUGUGAAGAAUGCGAUAGGGUAUUUCUGAAUGAAAAGAAGUUGCAUAAACAUAUGAUCAAGGUUCAUCAACAAGAAAAACCAUUUCAGUGUGCUCUCUGUGGUAAAUGUUUCAAAACCGAAGAAUUCUUAAAAACACAUUUAAAACAACACAGCAAACGUUUUACUUGUGACAUCUGUGGUAUCUCAAAAGUAUCUGGAUAUGAUUUGCGUUUGCACAAAAAGAAGCACAAUCAGGAAUAUGUGACUCAUUGUAAAAUUUGUGAUAAAGGAUUUUACACAAAUCAGACAUUAGAGAGACAUUUAUUAACGCAUACUGGUGAGAAACCAUUCGUUUGUAAAAUUUGUAAUACUUGUUACGCAAGUUCAGCUUAUUUAAAUAUGCAUGUAAAGUCUCAUGGUCAACGUGAGACACAUAAGUGUAAUAUCUGCAAUUUUGAAAGUCACUGGAAGGCUGCUUUGAAAGUACAUCUGAAGAUACAUAGUGGUGAAAAUCAAAUAACUUGUGAAAUAUGUGGAAAAUCUGUAUCGAGUAAAACUUAUUUGCAAAUUCACAUGCGAAUACAUUCCGGUGAAAAGCCACACGUUUGUGAAGUAUGUGGAAAAGCAUUUAGCGUUAAGAAAUAUCUCAUUGUACAUUUGAGAACGCACACAGGAGAAAAGCCUUAUGAAUGUAAAGUCUGUCAGAAGAGGUUUACUCAACAAGGAUCAUUGAGUUCUCACAUGAAAUCGCACAAUGACAGCAAGUAAUUAAACCAAAGAUUCUAUAUUGAAUUAAUAAUAUUUUCUAAUAAAAGAUUCUGCUUGCGAAUGCUAUGUAAAUUGUUAAUGUAAAAUGUAACAUAUAAAAAUGAUGAACGAAUUUCUCUUACCGUCCAUAUUAUAUUAUUUAUAUUCAAUUUAUUACAACUAAUCAAAUUCGUAUAUUAAA